AUGAGCUCAAAGAAUUUAUUCGAUCUCCUUCAAGACGAUGAAGAUGUCGAAAAGACUGGAAAAACUAACACCAAAGCUAAUACAGCUUUAAACACUGGUGCCACCACCACCACCACCAAAAAAACCACUGAAAAGAAAUCAGAUAACAAAGAAAAAUCACCAAGAAUCGGCGGUCAAAACAAACCACAAAGAAAGAUCACCAACAGCACCAACGGUGAAGUCGUCUCAGAAGAAGGUCGUUCAUCAACCAAGAGAGACAGCAAAACCCACGGCAGAACUCCACGUACUGACGCUUCUGGUAACAUCCGUAACCGUCAAUUCGACCGUAAAUCAGGUACUGGUCGUCCACACAACGAAAACAAGAAAGGUGGUGCCGGUCAAAACAACUGGGGUAAAGAAGGUUCAGUCGAAGAAGCUGCUGCUCCAGCCAAUACCACCGAAGAAAAACCAACUGAAGAAGCUACCAUUGCCGUUCCAGCUGUUGAAGACAAAACCAUCACUUUAGCUGAACACUUCAAACAAUUACAAUCCCAAUCAGUUGCCCAAGAUGCUCCAAAGAUCAGAGUUGCUGGUGAAGGUGAAUCAACUGCUCAAUGGGACGAUUUCGAACCACUCGUCAAAGUCAGCCCAGUCAACAAAAAAGAUAACAAAUCAACCAAAGAAGAAAAGAAAACCAAAAAGAACUUCAUCCAAGUUGAAUUAAAAUCAGGUUCAUCAAAACCACAAAACCGUAGAGGUCCAAACAAAAAAGCUCAAGCCCCAGAAGUUGACGAAAAAUCUUUCCCAGCUUUAUCAAAGGCUUAA